AAAAUAGUCAAAAAGUAAUUUCCGAUGAAACCGAAGUGAUUCUCAUCGGCAGCAGAUGGUGGCGGAAUCCCCUAUAUAUGUAAAUUACCAAUUUUACCCUUCAUCACCAACUCUUUUGUGUUAUAUCCUCCACUGCUUGGCUGUCUGCUUCUUAACCCAUUUCACUCUUGAUCUUUCUCUUCAAUCACUACUCAUGGCUACAACAACCAUCAUCUCACCUGCUUCAAUCUCUGUUCGAACUAGUCUCAAGGGACAUGACAGUUUGUCUGGUAAUUCCUCGUUCUAUGGUAAAACUGCUUUGACUCUUCAAAAGAAGUCAAACCAACAAAGAGCUCUGAAGAAGUUGGCAACAUGUGCACAGUACAAUGAUCGUAGCGGUGGAGGUGGCGGUGACUUUGUUGCUGGUUUUCUUUUGGGUGGUGCGUUAUGUGGGACCCUGGCAUACAUAUUCGCUCCACAGAUAAGAAGAUCUCUCUUGAAUGAAGAUGAAUAUGGAUUUAGGAGGGCAAAACGACCGAUAUACUAUGAUGAAGGUUUAGAGAAAACCAGGCAGACUUUGAAUGCUAAAAUAAGCCAGCUUAAUUCUGCGAUUGACAAUGUGUCCUCACGGUUGCGCGGUGGGAAUAACAUGCCACCUGUACCAGUUGAGACCGACCCUGAAGAAGCCACCAUGUGAAAAAAGUGAAUUGAAAUUUCAAUCUGGUGGGGGAAAAACAAAUGUGAUAAGGAUGAUAUUUUGAAAACUUUGGUUCACUUUUAUCCAUUACUUACAUACAUACAUGAGUUGUGUACACUUUUAUUUGAUUUCCCAUGACUCAUCUAUGCUUAUAAUUCCUUGAGUGCAA